AGGUUGAUAUUAUUCUAGAGGUUGGCUGGCAAGGUGCCCUUGUAUUUAAGCUGAAAGGUGAAAAAUGCUGUUGUCAUUUCACCUGUGCUGACAUCUGAACACCUGCAGACAUCUACCGGAGGAAUGAAGACAGCCACGGAAGGAGCCGAGAGCAGAGGUGUGGAGAGAACCAACGCACAGGAUACUCAAACACCAACUGUGAACGGAUACCACCUUCAGGAAAGUGACGACAUGACUCCCGGGUGUGAAGAUGUCAGUGAGGGGCGAGGAAAUGGUGCGGAUGAAACCUACGAAACUGUAAAUGCAUCGACUAUCUCCGAUGACAGCAUCCGGUUCUACGUCAACAUGAAUGUAGAGCUUGAGCCAAAUGCAGAUGAGAAUGACAAUACUGGAUGUGUCUUGCUGCAUACAUCCAGAAAGUACCUGAAGUUGAAGAACUUUGAGGAAGAGGUGCGCGCGCACAGGGACCUGGACAGAUUCCUGGCUGGGGCGGGAAUCCUGCUGGACGUGUCGGCCCUGUCCCUGGAUGACGUUCUGCGGGAGAUGGUCAAGCACAUCGCGAAGGAGUCCGAGAACACGGAGCCCAUUUCCAACUUGGACGAGGUCAUGGGCAGCUUAUUCACUGAUUGCAGCACGUUUCGGGAGGGCAGUGGCAAUGUGCACCUCCUGUCAAAUACUAUUCAAGGAGUUUCUGCUACGACCACUGGCGUUCAGUAUCAGCAAUCCUGGCUCUGUCUUCUGUGCACCACUGUAACACUCCAGGAACGGCACGUGUGUAUAUGUCGACUCGACAGGCCUCAGAACUGGGGUGAGAAUUGCUGUGAAGUUCGCUACGUCAUCCUGAUCCUGGUGCCGGCCAAAAUGAAGAGCACGAAGACCGCCAUCGAAGUCGGCAGGACCUUUGCCACCAUGUUUGCCGACAUGAACUUCCGCCAGAAGCUCUCGGAAGCCAAGACAAAGGAGGAGUUCAAAGAGACUCUACUUCUUCAGCGGCACCUUCUAACGGUGAUCCACAAGGAACCCAGCAAGAAAGAAGAGUCGAAGGAAAAGGAGCAAGAUAAAUGUUCUAAGGCUCGUAACAUCCUCCGUUUCGGUAGGGGGAUGAUGAGUGACCUAAGGCGCAGGUUGCCUCUCUAUCUCUCGGAUUAUACUGAUGGUAUAUUAGGAAGUAACAAGUCCAUCAGGAAGUACAUCACCACCAUCUUGUUCCUCUACUGCAUUUGCCUACUGCCAACGAUAGCUUUUGGUUCGUUGAAUGAUGAGCACACGAGAGGGUCGAUCGAUGUGCAGAAAACCAUUCUUGCCCAGUGCAUUGGUGGAGUGGCCUACGCAGUCUUUGCCGGGCAGCCGAUGGGUAUAGUUUUAACAACGGCCCCCCUGGCAUUGUACAUACAUGUGAUCCAGGGCAUCUGUGAUGACUACAACCUGAAUUUCUUUGCUUUUUAUGGGUGCGUUGGCUUGUGGAAUAGUUUCUUUUGCGUCCUCUAUGGUGUUGGUAACAUAAGCUCAUUGAAGAAGUUUUUCAAAAGGUCAACGGACGAGAUUCUCGCCGUCUUCAUAUCCGUCGCAUUUGUGGUGGACGCAUGUAAAGGUUUGGCCAAAAUUUUUCAGGAUUAUUACUUCUGCCCCAUAAUCCCAGGGGGUGGCGAGUUUAACACCAGCCAUUCAAUCAAUGCUACAGAGGAUGGUGCUCACCCGUGUGGUCGCGACAGUGCUGUCCUCAGCCUUGUCUUGAUGCUUGGUACUCUGUGGCUGGGAUACACCUUGUUCCAGUUCAAAAAAAGCCCCUUUCUACAUGCCCGGGUCCGUGAAACCCUGUCUGAUUGUGCCUUGCCAAUAUCGGUGUUGUUCUUUUCAUUUGUAGGAUCAUACCUUUUUAGAGAUAUCAAGAUUGCCCCAUUUAGUUAUAAUCCGAAUCAGAGGCUGUUCAAUCUGGCUCCGUUUCAUGUGCUCUCCAUCGGGGCGAUAUUUGGCGGCAUGGGCCUGGGCUUCCUUCUCUCCAUGCUCUUCUAUUUGGAACAGAACAUUGUCAUGUCCUUAACAAAUGCCCCUCAGCACAGACUAAGGAAAGGCACAGGCUAUCACUGGGACAUCUUCCUUGUGGGCCUCAUCAACAUCGUGCUGUCCAUCUUUGGCCUGCCGUGGGUGCAUUCGGCAUUCCCCCAUUCUCCCUUGCACGUCCGAGCCCUGGCCUUCGUGGAGCAGAGGGUGGAGAAUGGUCAUCUCCACGAGACGAUAGUGCGAGUGAGGGAGACGCGGGUGUCGGCCCUCGUGGCCCACAUACUGGUGGGCAUCUCGCUUCUCAUGCUACCCGUCCCCCUUCAGUGGAUUCCAAAACCCGUCUUGUACGGCCUCUUCCUCUACGUCUCCGUCACAUCCAUCGAUGGGUGCCAGUUCUUUGAAAGACUGGCUCUUCUCUUCACAGAACAGACCUCCUAUCCUCCCACGCACUACAUCAGGAGGGUCCCACAGAGGAAGAUCCAUUACUUCACUGGACUCCAGUUGGUCGAGGUCGCCAUCCUCUGCGGCUUUGGAAUGGCCCCACUUCCGUACUUUAAGAUGGUCUUCCCACCCAUAAUGCUGGCGAUGGUCCCCAUCAGGUGCCUCCUUCUACCCAGGAUCAUCGAAGCCAAGUAUUUGGACGCGAUGGACGCAGAGCAUUAAAGGACAGCGGUGGUCGGGGCGCUGUGCCCGGGUGCUUGGGAUAAUGGGAUGUGCCUGGAGGAAGUGUCUUUGUAUGUUUGCUGCUUAUGUUGAACGACCAGCUUGAAGUGUUUGGGCAUUGAAUGAAGAAAGUGACUGGCCCUGGAUUGCCACCCACCUGUUACUGAAGGAAAGCUCACACCCCUAAGUCCUUCACUUUUCAUUAUUUGCGCGCUGCAUUUUAUUUUAUGCAUCUCUUCCGAGGAGGUGGCACAACGGAGAGAAGGGGGCUGAUUGUUUGCGGAAGUACCGUUGAGCACUUUGCCAAAGUUUUCCUGAUUAAACCCCUCCCCUUCACUCCCCCACUUCCACCUUACCAUCCCUUCGCACCCGUCCACAGGAGAUAUAGGACUGAUUGAUUUGAUUUGCUUUGAUUCCAUUUGUAACCUUCAGACAGGGAGGGGGGUUUCUGAGAUGGUGUAUAACGAGUGUCCCCACCCCCCUAUCGGCAGAGUAAUGGAUACGUACGCUACUCAGGUCCCUUAUAGUGGCAUUGGUCUCUCCUCAACUUCACCACCAGCGACUUAACGGGCAAGGGUCUCGACCUGAAACGCCACCUAUUCCUUCUCCCCAGAGAUGCUGUCAGAUGCACUGAGUUACUCCAGCUUGUUGUGUCUAUCUGAGAUUUUGCCCCUCUGCAGACUUUGUUACCUCUACUGGCACCUCACUGCCCAAUGAGGGCAGCCAAUGUGCGGGCCUUCACUUCCAUGGUUGUGAAUGAAUUGUGACGCUGAAUGCAUUGGUUGUGAUGGUUUUUCGGGGAGUACUUGGUAGCCAAGACGGUAGCCAGGUCUAUUGAUUCAUCCCAGAUGAAGGCAUCGACGAGGAAGCUUCCUUGCCCAGGUUCUGAUGGAAGAUGCAAACCAGACCAUGAAGAUGCUGACCCCACUCUCCACUGCCCGUCGCACCAGCACAUUUAUACUGUAUACACGUCCUCCAUUACAAUCAAGUUGUAAACAGGUUGUAAAUGAAGAAAGGCAUCUAACUGCUGGAGUAACUCCGUGGGUCAGGCAGCAACUCUAGUGAACAUGAGACAUUCAGAACAUACAGCAUCCAAAACGUCACCUAUCCACGUUCUCCAGAGACGCGGCCUGACCUGCUGAGUUACUCCAGCACUUUGUGUCUUCUUUGGAUUAACCAGCAUCUGCAGUUCCUUGCGUCUGUAAAUGUCAACAGUUUAUUUCUACCACAGUGCCAGAAUCCAAAGCCAAUCUGAUAACUGUAAUAUAUCGCAAUUAUAUUGAUCAUUGGUUUCUUGUUUAAUGUCUGAUUGAUAUUGGCAUUGGUGAAACGGAGAAAUUAAAAUCCUGGAUGUGUUUUCUAAAGUA